UUUUUUUUUUUUGUGGAGAAAGGCGGAUCACAAAUAGCAUAUUGUGUGAAAGUUUAUUUUACACAUUUAAAAUAUUUACUUAGUUUUAUUUGCAGCAGGUGACAGAGUGGUUCCAAAAAAUAAUAUAAAAUAAAAAAAUAAAUAAAAUAAAAAAAAAACAACGCAUCAGGUCGAGAGGCAGGCAGGAUCAUCUGAAACUUGAAAACGCAGCCGCAGUACUAGACGAAGCAAGUAGCUGCACAAUCAGGAAAGAUGGGGGACAAGGAGCUGAUGUGGUCCUUAAAAAAUGGAGAUCUUGAUGUGGUGAAAGAUUUUAUAGCCAAGGGUGAAGAUGUGAACCGGACACUGGAAGGGGGAAGGAAGCCACUACAUUAUGCUGCAGACUGUGGACAGACUGAGAUGGUGGAGUUCCUCCUUUCCAAAGGAGCAGAUAUCAAUGCUCCCGACAAGCAUGGCAUUACUCCCCUCCUCUCGGCCACCUACGAGGGCCAUGUCACCUGUGUCAAACUCCUUCUCUCCAAGGGUGCAGAUAAAGAAACGAAAGGACCUGAUGGGAUGAAAGCCUUCGAAGCAGCAGAGAGUGCAGAUAUCAAAGCUCUUCUAAAGUGAGCUGGAAAAGGAUGGAUUGAUGGAAAGCUAAUUGAUGAAUGCAUUUCCCAUGGCCUCGUUACUUCCUGCCUCCUCUUCUCUCUCUGUUGUAUGUUAUUGCCUCCUCUUCUUUAUUGAAUCAUGCAUCCCUUAAGGACCAUACUGAGGGACAGUGAAACACCCAUGGUGGAAUUUACUCUUGGUAUGCAAA